GCCGGUGGGCGGUGCGGCCGCCACGUCGGUGAGGGUGCCCGGGAAGAUGGCGGCCGCCGGCGGGAGGGGCGUCCCGGCGGGCCGUGCGCUCUGCCUCCUGCUGCUCUGCGGCUGGGUCCUGGCGGCCCGCGGCCAGGCCGCCCCCGAUUCUGUGAAAGAGACACUUCAUUCUUCUAAAAGUGAGAAUGAAACACUAAAUAGAUCCCAAAAUUUGACAGACAACCUUCAGAGUAUAACCCCAACAAAAAAAGAGGUGUUGCCAACAGCAGCUAAAAUCAAUGUGGUGACUGCAGUAAAACCAUCUACAGCAAGAGGUGAUCCUCCAUAUGUUCUGUCUCAUGCGGUGACUGCUAGUCCCGUAUCUCAAGUGGAUGUUGAUGCUUCUGAAGACACUAAAAUUGAGGAAGAAGAUCUUCUAACAGAUUUGAAAGACACACUAAAUAGUUCACCACCCAUCAUAAAAGAAACUAUGGAGUCAGAUGGAGGAGAUGACUAUGGUACUUAUGAAAUGACAUCAAAUUCCAGAUUCAACCCAGACCUUCUAGAGAUGCCAGGAGAUGAUGACUCUGACACCAUUAGUAAUUACAAUGAGGAGAUCAAGACCCUCGAUGAGAAGAUAAAACAUGUUUCUGUCACAGGAUUGGAAGAUGAAGAAGACAGCCAUUUCUUUUUUCAUCUAGUGGUAGUUGCCUUCCUAGUAGCUGUUGUUUAUGUCACCUAUCACAAUAAGAGGAAGAUCUUCUUACUGGUCCAGAGCCGGAGAUGGAGGGAUGGCCUGUGCUCUAGGACAGUCGAAUAUCAUCGUUUAGAUCAAAAUGUUAAUGAAGCCAUGCCUUCCCUGAAAAUAACGAAUGACUACGUGUUUUGAAAGCACUGUGAUUUGAGUUUGCUGAACUUCUCACUCUUUGCCUGCCUAGUCAUGUAAUGAUCUUCAGGUAUUCUAAAUGUGCUGCUUGUACUGAAAUGAGAUGUACUCUCUUUGACCUAGAUGUUUUAGAGAUUAAACCUCAUGGAAGAUCAAGGGCAUGAUACAUCUAUUUGCUACUUUGGUCAGGUUUUAUAUCGACUAUAAAGACACAGAGUUUAAUAAUUAGCGCUCUUUCCAUUCAUUAAGCAUCAUCCCUUCUGUCUGGAGCAGUCUUAAUAGUGGUAAUACAAAAAAUAAUAUAAAAUAUUCUAGGUCUAAUAAAUUAACGACUCUGUCAUCACUAAAUCAAAUUAAUGAUCUCUCUGCUAAUCACUUACAUGGUUCAUAAAUCCCACUACGUUGCAACUUCAAACAUAAUUACUUUUUUCUAUGCUUAAAUUCAGAUGCUGCAAAUAUUUUUCCUGUUUUUGAUUCUGUUUUCUUGUUGCAUAAUUUGAUUCUAUUUUAGGCAGAGUAGCUGGCAUUGUAAUUUCGGAAUUUCUCUGUUCAUGCAGUAAAUCAGUUGAAGAUAAUUACGUAUAACCCAUUGAGUUUCAGAAGUUACACACUGUGUGUCUCUUGAAAAGGUUCAAGAUCCUUGCGAAGGUAUGCAGCUUCUUGACUCUCCAGUUUUUUUCUCUACUGGUGUUUACGACUGUAAUUAAUGAAUGGAAAAGAAGCCUGGUUGAAUAGUCUCACUGAAACGUAGGUGAUUGAUAGGGCUUUCAACAUGUCAGAGCUUUCUGUUGAAUUUUAAAACAGUUGGGAAGCAGUUACGUAGUUUGCUACUUUAUAAAUGGGAGAGGCCUGAAAAUCUAAGAAUAAUUAAUUUUGUUGUUGUUCUGAUCCAGGUAACAGGCAGGUGACAGAGAUGGUGUGGGGACUGCCAGCCUGCGGGCAGCACACUCUGGUUGUGUCACACAUUUAAGCAUUAGUGUAAAUUAAAUUCCUGGUACAGUAGUUUGGUUGGUUUGUUUUGGGUUUUUUUUACCUUGUCUUUUGUACUUCGUUAUUUAUGUUGUCAUGAGUUGUAAAAUAUAAAAUCUUAGUUUUCUGUACAUUCUCUGUGAAUUAGUUUUCAAACGGAUGAAUGUGUAAAUAGCAGUGGAUCGGAACCCCUUAAUGACUUGGUAUUCAAAUAGUUACACAACAUUUGGAAAGAAUCGGCUUUGCAGCUGUUGGCGUGAGGAGUCAAAGGCACGAAACCAUCUUACGAGUCAGGCGUAACAGCUCCUAGUCUCUUCGUAACCACAAGAAGUAAAGCACAAGUACCCCAAAACUCUUUUCUUGCAGUAAUUUUUAUCAUAUUUGGACUUGUAUCGCUUAAUAUUUUGAAUAAUGUUUUUAAAAUAAAUGACAAUAAUAA